AUGCCGGCCACUACAGCAGAAGCCCACUCCCUCGUCACCACCACCGUCUCUGUCGCACCUCUCGUCCUCCUCUCCGUUGCCGAUCACUAUGGCCGCUCCGCAAAGGGCACUCGCAAGCGGGUGGUUGGUGUGUUGCUUGGACAGAACGAGGGGAAGAACGUGAGAGUAUCAAACAGUUUCGCAGUGCCAUUCGAGGAAGACGAGAAGGACCCAUCAGUAUGGUUUCUGGACCACAACUACGUAGAGUCGAUGAACGAUAUGUUCAAGAAGGUGAACGCGAAGGAGAAGUUGAUUGGAUGGUAUCAUUCGGGCCCCAAGUUACGGGCAUCGGAUCUGGAAAUCAAUGAGCUGUUCAAGAGAUAUACGCCCAACCCGCUGUUGGUAAUCAUCGAUGUCCAACCGAAGGAGGCUGGCGUACCGACGGAUGCAUACUUCGCAGUGGAUGAGAUUAAAGACGACGGAACGACCACAUCCAAGACCUUCGUACACACCCCAUCUAUCAUCGAGGCAGAGGAGGCAGAGGAGAUUGGAGUUGAGCACUUAUUACGAGAUAUCCGUGAUGUAGCAGUCGGCACACUCUCGACAAGGAUUACGUCGCAACUGCAAUCACUUCAAGGGCUGCACUUGAGGCUGCGUGAUAUACAACAAUACCUCCAGAAGGUCAGCGAUGGGAAGUUACCAGUCAACCAUGUCAUCUUGGGCAACCUCCAAGAUGUCUUCAACCUCCUCCCGAACCUCUCCACACCAAAGGCCUCCACAUCAGAAACUCCAGGGUCGGGCGAGGCCACCAGCGAACUGGCACACGCCAUGAGCAUCAAGACCAACGACCAGCUGAUGGCCAUCUACAUUAGCAGUCUGAUCCGCGCCAUCACAGCCUUCCACGACUUAAUCGAGAACAAGAUCCAGAACCGCCAGCAGCAAGAGGAGAAGGAGGCGAAGAAGGACGAGGAUAAGGAGAAGGAGGGCAAGGAUGCUAAGAAGGCCGAGGGCGUCACGAACGGGGAAAUCACCUCCGUAGACGACUCUGAGAAGGCGAAGGAGGACAAGGAGAAGAACGCGAACCCUCCCAAAAAGCAGGGUCAGUCGUCCAAAGCCUCAUGGGUCCCGCCCGCCAAAUUCACGCCGCGCCGAAAAUCGCACCAGCGAACCACCUCAGGGACAUUUACAACAACCACAACCCCCAUAUACCCUCCAACGACUCUACGCAACACGACUAAACCACGAACUAUCAAACCCCUACCGAAUCCCACCCCACUCAAGCCCUCGACAGGCCUUUUCCCCCACCGCCUCCCUGAGCCUCGCCCAGCCCUCGACCCCGCCCACGUACUCGCAGGAGGCGAUGUGCAACCGCAGCUCGAAAUCAGGAAGCUAGGACAGGACGAGCGCGCGCGCACACGAUUCAGCAGUGGAGGGAAGAAGAGCGCGAUGCUCGCCGCGCCUAGCAACUCGAGCCCCCGCAUCGCGUCGCCCGCGAGCACAACCACCAGCGCCUUCCGCUACAGCAACAGCAGCACCACCGCUAGCCCGUCGACCAGAAAUGGCAAGAGCGCGAGCCCCGCGCUUCCCUCACUCCGCCAGCAGCGCGAUAUGACCGCCGAUACGGCGUCGAAUGGGGUGUCGGGGUCGCCGGCUACGACGGCGCUCGGAUCGUCGAAUUCGUCUCAGGAUCUGGUCGACUUGAAGAAUCUGAAUAUGAGGCGCGAAUCGCAGGAUGAGGCGGGUAGACCGGAUGAGUCUGGUAAUGGGGGGGAUGUCAAUGGUGAAGGGCGCACACAGGGCGGCUCGGCAGGCGAAGGCGACGGAGUAAGAACAGCGAUAGAUAUUCAAGCGCUCUUACAAUCUCCCAGCGCGAAGCGCCGCCAGGACCCUAAACCAGCCAAGGACGGUUCAUCACGGGCGAGCCAGCAAUUUUUGCCUCCGAAGCGGCCGCGGGCAGCACAGAGAGCCCCAAAGGUGUUACCUAUACGCUACGAACUGGUCGAUGUGGAGGAUAUGGUUAUUCUCGUUGCCGGUAUGGUCUCGGAGCUGAUCCAAACGAACGAUAAUCUGCCACUGCGGGAUGUGGUACUCACACGCUUCCACUCUCGCACACCGCCAGGCAUCUCAGUCCUCGACUACCUCCAACGCCUCGCCAAGCACGCCGCACUCACCCCACCCCUCCUCCUAUCCAUGGUCUACUACAUGGACCGGCUCUGCUCACUCUACCCCGCCUUCACAAUAACAACCCUAACCGUGCACCGCUUCCUCAUCACCGCCGCCACCGUCGCCGCAAAAGGCCUCUCGGACUCCUUCUGGAACAACACAACGUACGCCCGCGUCGGCGGCAUCAAGCUCGCCGAGCUAGGCCUGCUCGAACUCGAGUUCCUGCACCGCGUUGAUUGGCGCAUCGUUCCCAAUCCGGAGGUGCUGGUGGAUUACUAUCGGGGGCUUGUCGCUCGGACUGGUGAUUACGUGAUAGAAGACGAGGAUGCGGAUGUGGAUGCCAUGGGAGAGCCGGUAGUAGCAGGAUCUGCAGAAAUGCCUGGCGAAGAAGGGGGAGGACGAGAUACGAAAUGGGAAAUGUGGAUGAGAGACGUGGCGCAUACAACGGACACAAAAGGAGGACCAUCUGGAGAGAACUCUGGCAACGUCGGAGCAGCAUCGGGGCAGCCCUGAAGAGGGGUCACAGAACCCGGAGAUUACUUAGAGAUAUAAGUCGCACAUACAUGCAUGCAUUAGUCAGGAGUUGGGGCUGGGUGGCGUUAAUAGCGAAGAGGAGGGCCCUUCGCGCGGUAGGCGCUGGUUGUGGCGCCGGCCGAUCGAUUAUGAAGGUUUGGAGAUGUGAUGAUGAAGGGAUUUGGAAAUGAAAUUAGGGUCACUAAUGCCGCUUUGUUGGUAGUACAAUUCACGUAUAUAUACUUUGUGCCUGUUGGUGUAACUCUGACUGUGACGACUGGGAUAUGUCGUGCCAUGGUAUUGGAAUAGGG